UUGAAACAAAUCGCCGUAACUGUGUAUUUGUAAUGAUGAGGGGUGUACUUGUAAUGGUAGGGAUACUACAGCUUACUGGUAUGGAGAGACAGAACUCUUUUUGGGUGAGAUGGAAUACACUUUUUCUUUUUUUGAACUAGUUAGAAAACACCAACUACCAACUUGACCAGGUCCUGUUUGCUUCCAUCAUUAGUUCGUUAUUUCCAUUUCUCAACAGCACUUUCUUUCGGGAUAUUUUGUCUCUAGCUCUACUUUUUCAGAUCAGCUCUGGUCUCACCUUCACAAUUCUUCUCUUGACGAUUCUUUACAUGGGUCUAUAUAUAUGCUCCAUACAAGCACAUAUGUAUAAUUUAUAUAAGUUAUUUCAAGAACAUGUUCCCCAGAAAGGCUGCUCUGUUUUUGAUUCUUGCACUGAGUUGCUUCUUGUUAUUGAAGUUUGCGGAGUCCAAGUUGCCCGAGGAAGAAGUGGCUGCUCUCCAGCAAAUGGCCACUACAAUGGGUGCAAAUUAUUGGGAGUUCAACAGUGAUUCAUGCCAAGUUAAAAUGGUUGGGGUAGUAACACCACAGGCGCCAACGGGAUCCCAGAGCAAUAUUGAGUGCCAAUGCAAUUUUGUGAAUGACACCUACUGUCAUGUUGUAAGCAUUGUGCUUAAAGGUUAUAGUCUUCCUGGUGUGCUUCCGCCUGAACUGGUGAAGCUUCACUACCUCCAACAUAUUGAUUUGGCUUACAAUUACCUUAGUGGGACAAUUCCAAAUGAAUGGGCUUCUAUGCAAUUGAAUUUUAUCUCUGUUCUUGUAAACCGCUUAUCAGGGGAAAUUCCUAUGGGACUGGGAAAUAUUUCCACUCUCACAUACUUGAGUCUUGAAGCAAACCAAUUUUCUGGCAGUGUUCCUCCUGAACUCGGGAAACUAAGUAACUUGAAAACUUUGGUAUUGUCCUCGAAUCGAUUGAGUGGAAAUCUGCCACCUUCAUUUGCUGGGCUAAUAAAUUUGACUGAUUUUAGGAUAAAUGAUAACAACUUCAGCGGAGCAAUACCUGAUUUCAUACAGAACUGGAAACAACUUACGAGAUUAGAAAUGCAUGGAAGUGGAUUGGAGGGACCCAUUCCAUCAAACAUAUCCCUCUUGAAUCAAUUAACUGAAUUGAGAAUCAGUGACAUAAAUGGGACGGCUCAGGAAUUUCCUACCUUGAGCAACAAUACAGGGCUAGUAAGAUUGGUUUUGAGAAACUGCAACAUUUCUGGUGAAAUCCCGAAAUAUAUUUGGAAAAUGAUGAAUCUGCAAAUGUUGGAUGUCAGUUUUAACAGGUUAGUGGGAGAAAUUCCAAAUGACAUAAAUGGAAAGAAUUUGAAGUUUGUGUUUUUGAGCGGCAACAUGCUAAGGGGAAAUGUACCAGAUUCAAUCUUGAAGGAUGGAUUUAGUAUUGAUCUUUCCUACAAUAACUUUACAUGGCGAGGCCCUGAUCAGCCUGCUUGUCAAGAUGCUGUGAAUCUAUACAUAAAUUUGUUUAGAAGCUCUUCAAUGGAGAACCCCUUAAAGAGAAUUCUUCCAUGCAUGAAAGAUUUCAAUUGUCCAAGAUAUGGGUGUUCUAUGCAUGUUAAUUGUGGUGGAAAUGAUUUAACCAUGAAAGAAAAUAAUAGAAAGGUUGUGUAUGAAGGAGAUGCAAAAGUUGAAGGUGGUGCAGCGAAAUAUUAUAGAAGUAUAAAUAGUUACUGGGGUUUCAGUAGCACUGGGGACUUCAUGGAUGAUAAUGAUUACCUUAAUGCACGAUUUAUUAAAGCUGUGUCAUCGACAAACGUCUCUGAAUUGUAUAGUACGGCGCGCCUUUCUCCGCUUUCACUCACUUACUUUGGGUACUGUUUAGAAAAUGGGAAUUACACUGUUACUCUGCACUUCGCGGAAAUACAAUUUACAAACGAGACAUAUAGCAGUCUUGGGAGGCGGAUAUUUGAUAUUCAUAUUCAGGAAAAAAUAGUUAGGAAGGAUUUCAAUAUUGAAGAUGAGGCUGGUGGGGUUCAAAAGCAAGUAACAAAACAAUUUAAUGCCAGUGUGACAGAUAAUAUUUUGGAGAUUCGAUUUUACUGGGCUGGCAAGGGGACUACACGUAUUCCCGAUAGAGGUGAUUAUGGCCCCUUAAUAUCAGCUAUUUCGGUUAAUCCUAAUUUCAAAUUUUGUUCAGAUGGCAGAAAGAAGAAGGUUGCUGUUUAUGUUACCAUUGGAGUUGUGGCAAUAUCCGUUACAUUUGUAGUAGUCGGUAUCCUUUGGUGGAAGGGCUAUUCGAAAGGCAGAAAUAGGAAUGGAAAAGAUUUUGAUGGUCUAGAGUUGCAAACAGGUACUUUUACUUUGAAGCAGAUUAAAACUGCCACUGACAAUUUUGAUUCUUCACACAAGAUUGGGGAAGGUGGUUUUGGUCCUGUCUACAAGGGUCGAUUGUCUGAUGGUACUGUAAUUGCAGUGAAGCAACUCUCCUCUAAAUCAAAUCAAGGAAAUCGUGAAUUUUUGAAUGAAAUGGGCAUGAUUUCCUGCUUACAACACCCAAAUCUUGUUAAGCUUCAUGGAUGUUGUAUUGAAGAGGACCAAUUGUUAUUGGUAUAUGAAUACAUGGAAAACAAUAGCCUCGCCCAUAGUUUAUUCGAUGACUGCCAACUGAUACUUGAUUGGCCAACAAGGCUUAAGAUUUGCAUUGGGAUUGCUAGAGGUUUAGCUUUUCUACAUGAGGAAUCAAGACUCAAGAUUGUUCACAGAGACAUUAAAGCUACUAACGUGUUGCUUGAUGAAAACCUAAACCCAAAAAUUUCCGACUUUGGAUUGGCUAGGCUUAAUGAAGAUGAAAAAAGCCACAUUAGCACUCGAGUUGCUGGAACUAUAGGAUAUAUGGCCCCGGAAUAUGCACUUUGGGGUUACUUGACCGACAAGGCAGAUGUUUAUAGCUUUGGGGUUGUGACUUUGGAAAUUGUUAGCGGAAAGAACAAUAACAGUUACAUCCCAAAUAGCGAUUGCUUCUGUCUGCUGGAUUGGUCUUGCCGCUUGCAACAAGAUGGAAACUUGUUGGACCUUGUCGAUCCAAAGCUGGGGCCCGAAGUCAACAAAGAAGAAGCAGAAAGGAUGGUUAAAAUAGCACUAUUGUGUACAGAUGGAUCUCCGACGCUUAGGCCUACAAUGUCUGAGGUAGUGAGCAUGUUUGAAGGCCGAAUGAGUCUUCCUGACAUAACCCCAAACCUGAAUUCAUAUACUGAAGAUUUGAGGUUUAAAGCCAUGAGAGAAUUUCAUCAAGAAAAACAAAACCACAAUGUCAGCAGAAGCCAAACAGAGAAUUCAACUACAGUCCGAACAGAGACUGGUUCUUCCUCCACAUCUGUGGGCGAUCUCUUUGAAAUCAACCCGGAUUCAAGGUCCCACUGACAAUGGUGUCAGUGAUUUUCAUCGAAAGCAUAUAAUAGAAAGCAUAUAAUAGAGUGUUUUGAGAAGUUGGUAAAAAGUUGACUUUUUAGCUUUUUUUAGUCUAUUUUGUGUUUUUGUAGGUAAAAAAUAUGAGAGGUGAUGUGACUCAAAAUAGAUAAAAAACUAAAGGUUGACUUUUUACCCUCUUCCCAAAAGACUUCAAUGUAGAUUAUUGUUUUUAUUAUUCUUAUAUUUUAAGCAAUUUUGAUUGUUUUAGUA